CGUCAAACAAGAAUAUGGGGUGACGUGAACGCUGCUCGGGGUGGCGAGGAUGGUAGUCGUGUACCACAGACAACUGAGGCACGGGAUUCGUAAUAGAGAAGCCUAUGCAGCACUGACGGAGAGAAUCAGUGCCAGCUGCACUGCGGUAAUGCAGGAUAAUAAAACCUUAGUCGAGAUCUAAAGAUAGUCUGGACUUCGGCAUACGAGGAAUGUUUCUGUUGUUUUCUCCGAGGACGCUCGGGUGGCUUGUGGAAGAGGCAACUCUCCCCCCUCUGUCUGGGAAGUUUCUUACCAAAGAGAUGCCCCAAGCACCGAUUUGGAGUCUCUAGUCCCACCAUGUCUGAUACGCUUUCGGAAUCAAUUGAACUCAGAAUGUCGACUACGAAUUGUGUGAAAACGGAGUGAGUAGAUCCAUUUCAAGCUCCGGUCAAACACACUAACGCACACCCCGGUACGUCGGUUACUAAUUGUGUCUACAGCCAGCUGAGACGGACGACGCGUACGAUGCGUCCAACGAGUUGCUAAACAUGCUCAGUCGAACAGCAAGACUGCUGUGACACAUCGGAUUCGCUGGCAAAGUGAAUCCCCUGGCAUAUGUUCUACGAAUAGGAUACAGCCGUUCCGGUGACACACGUGCUGGUAGUCUGCAACGUGGCCGGCACGUCAACCUCCCUGCUGCCCAUUCGACACAGUAACACAGACUAUUCAAGGCAUAGAAAUCGACGUGACAGAAUACGCCGACCGUCUACUACCUGGGGAGGCGGUGCAGCAGGGUCCGUUAGACAGGUGAUGCCGAUUGUUUCGUUGCUACAGUGCACGAAAAGAAACGAAGUUGCGACAUUUUGCGCUCCCUACGCCUUCUGUACAGGAGAUCUCCCACUCUAAAUUACACGAAGGCACUCUACGAAGGACACUCUCUAGCGCGGUGUCGGAUAUAAACUGUGUUUGGAUUCGAUCCUGGACUUGGGAUGCUGAAUUUAACCGUAGUAUACUGGCAGUUUUCAUGAGCGCACUCCUUUCUGGAACCCUUCACGUUACUGGGGCUUCCGUUUCGAUCGCCGUGCACCGAACUGCGAACUAGCCAGAGAGGUACCGGCUGCGUUUUUACCGACAGAUGCGACCGUGAAACGUAUGAAUUUGGACAGGCAAUCGGGGACACACGAAACAGAAGAUGUGACAGUGGUUUUCAAAGGGAGUGGAGAAAGCAAUGUGUUGAGGAUGGGGUUCCACCUGGACCUUCGCGUGUCUCACUGGCCAGGCGCUCGAACCGGGAAGUGCUCUUGCGCACACAGCAUCGCUGGAUUUCCUCCAGGUGUGUGCUCCACCUUUAAAUCACAUUCCCAACCUUUCUCACGUUUUGGAGAUUUCUCGUGAACACACACUCUGUUGUCGGACAUCCAUUCUCCCCCUGGCUCAAAGAACGAAAGCGAAAACCGCCACCCGCAGGGAAAAGCGACGAGGGCGGGAGCGAGCAGAGAGAGUACGUCGAGGAGGGGCAGCGAAGUCAACAGCCGAGUUCCACUGUGCAACACGGGAGCUGACACAUCUUUCCGUGAACAUCUUUAACACUAAGCUUAUCUUCCACUAAAUCAUCAUUUACCAAUCGUUCCAUUCUCGUUCUUUCUUCCGGGCUCUCGGUCCUGCCGCUGUAUCGAGCGGCGUCUACCUCCUGUCUGAGAUGGGGAGUCCCAGGCGACCGGUGUGUCUUGCAGUUAACGGAGAACUUUUCCAGAACGGCGUGAGCCCGAUCCGUACGCUUUUCUAGCCAUUCUCUUUUGUCCUAGUAUGUCUAACGGUUCUUUUCUUUUUUGCACUCGAAAGAGUUCCCGAAAAACGAAGGUGGUCCGUCGAACAUGUCUUGCCCGGCAAGCUGCCCGCGAGGCCGCGGGGGUUCGGCCCCGCUGCCUCCCAUGCCUCCCUCUGUUAACGACGAUAGAAACGCCGUACUAAAUGCAUUACCCUCGAGAACGUCUUUCUCUGCUCCUCUCUGCUCCGCAACUUCUUGUUCUCUACCUGAGAGGCCCGUAUUCGCCAAGUUGACUGGUGGCAUGCCUUUCUCUCGAACAACGGCGCGCAUCGAGUGCGCGUCUCCCGCGUGUCAUGAAUCUCUAUCGUUACAUCGAGUGGCCGAAUCUCAGGUUAAAGCGCAAGCUGCCGCCUCUGGGCCUCUGUCCAAUUCGUCGUUUCUCAUCUUUCUCAAUUCUAUCCCGACAGAACCCCCUCGCUGUUUCCUACCCCCCCGCCGCGUCGCCUCGCUCUCUGCCGAGGCUGACACACCCAAGGGUUCCUUCUAUGUCUUCUCCGAGAGUUCUCGGAGUGAGUCUUCGCACAGUGAAGGCUGUGUGGAAUCCCGCUUGUCUGGGCACACAGCAGCACGCACGAGGUGCCGGAGGUCGCGUACCACUGCUUCGGCUACCGACAGCCGUCGCGAUGACCUUUUUUCGUUUGACCUACCGCAAGAAUGCGGUUCUGCCCCCAGACUUCCUCUUCCGCUUCCUUCCCGUUCGUGUCCCGCCUCUCCGUGCCACUCUUUGCUUCCUCCGCUCUCCAAUAAACUCACUCCACCCUGUCGAGAGAGCCAAUCUGAAGGGACUGAUCAUGGCUCGUCGUCUGCGCGUUGCUGUCAGCCCCGUCCAGCGUAUCCGCCCCGAAUCACGGAUGCGCUGCCUACCGGACAGAUUUAUUCUCGUUCUCCAUCGAGGGUGCGUGAGCGUACUCUUCGAUCAGAGCCAGCAGCACCGGUAAAUUAUUCAGAUACUCAAAAGCGUUGCCCUGCCCCGCUCUUCCAAUCCAUUCCCGUCCACAGCAUGCCGCCACCCCCGCCGCCACCCAAGGGAAAGAAGGGUCCGCUGCCGAAAAAAGCCUCCAACUCGCCUCUCCCGCCCAAAGGCAAAUCAACCCCAGACGAAGGGGCCAAAAAAACGCCACCACCGCCGCCUGCAGCCAAAGCGGGAGUUCCUGAAGGCAAAGCGGAGAUGCCUUCAGAAAAGGCGGAAGUUCCUCAAAAAAAGGCGGGGGUGCCUUCAGAAAAGGCGGACGUUCCUCAAAAAAAGGCGGGGGUGCCUAAGGAAAAGGCGGGAAUUCCUCAAGAAAAGGCAGGAAUUUCUAAAGGAGAAUCGGGGAGUCCUGAAGGAAAAACGGGUCCUCUUCCAGGAAAAGCAGGACCUCCCAAAGGAAAGCUGCCGCCUGGUAAAGCGCCCCCUGCAGAAGGGUCUGGUCCUCCGGCAAAGAGCGAUUUGAAGGCUUCACCUGCAGGCGCCCCGCCCUCUUCGCUUCCUUCCAAGAAGGCUGUCGCGUCGGCUGGGAAACCCCUGGGAGGCAAGACGCCUCCAGCGCCGAGCGUGGCUCCGAACCCACCUCUCGGCAGUUCCGGCCCGCAAGAGUCUGGCUCUUCGACGUACUACAGAGACACUCUGCGAGCAGCUGCGGGCACGGCGGGCGGGAUCGAGUGCUCAGCGGGGGAGGGAAGCGGGGAAACUGUGCCGCCCCCAAACGAGGCGUACGCCGCGAAAGCCGCCAUGAUGGUGGAGAGUCUCAAACUGGCAGACUACACGAACGUCCCAGCCGCCCACGCGCACGGAACUGAGCCGCCUGCUCUGCCGUUUGCGCCGGGCGCUGACCGGAACCCAGCGAUUUUGACGAGGGCUUUGAAGAAGGAAAUGGAGUUGCGUCGCGGGCAACCCACGCAGACCCCCGAGGAGCGGCGGCUGAUGCUUGCAGGCACCUUCAGUCUGCACCAAGCGCGGCUCGGGUUCAAGUUGUCACCGGAGCACCAGCGCGUUGCCGAAGCCCUGAUGCUUCUGCGGCGUUUGGAGGACUUCCGCGGCAGCGUCCAGGCCGGCGAAGUCCAGCGGAUUCGGUACUUGCUCAGAGUCGGAGCCACCGAGGCGUUCAGCCAGCAAAGGUACUCGGACGCCAUGCUCCAGGCGCUCCACUCCUACUUGCUCGCAAAGUCGUACUACACAGCGUACCAAAGCGCGCCUCUCGAGGGCGAAAUGGUUCCCGAGUUGCUUCUUCUCGUGAAGUGCUGCGGCCUGGCGGGCUGCCCCGACCGUGGACAGGAGUAUCUGAAGGAGCUCCGGUACAUCGUGGAAAAUACUUUGAUUGCAGAGGCCGGAGGCAGCGCGGCGGGAAACCGAGGAAGUCUGGUCGGCCCGAUCAUGCGGGUCGAGAAACACGUCCUCGCUUCAGUCGUCAGCAGUCUCGCUGAACUGUGCAGUCUGUACAACCAACCGGACGACGCCAGGCUCUUCUACGAAAAAUACGUGAUUCUCACAAAAGACGUGUAUGGCGCAGAUUCUCUGGCGGUGAGCGACGCACUGAACACCGUGGCUCUGUACUUCUUUCGGACUCGACAGUACGGCCAAGCGUUGCCGCUGGUGGAACAAGUGUUGGCCAUCCGGAAAAAGCACUUGGGUGACUUUGACGCUGCGGAACCCCACGCCAGAGUCGCGGACUGUUACGCAAACAUUGGCCUUCUUCAUCGACUUCUCGGUCACCCUACGGAGGCGUUUCCGUGUGUGUUGAUCGCUCUGGACAUGCGCAUGCGAAUUUACCAGACGCGGGAGACGUCAGGCGUCCAGGACUUGGUCUUGGCUCUGGGGUGUCUGCAGCAUCAAGCCGGCCACUUUCGGGCGGCUCUCGAGGCGUACAAAGAAGUGUGGACGUUCAGGAACAACACUCUGGGUGUCACGCAUCCCGACACGGUGAACGUCGAGUUGUUGCUGAGGCAGUUGGAGAAAGACCUGGCAGCGCAGAUGCAGGAAGACAAGCAGCGCUUUGUUCAGCGGGACAAGGCAUUGCCGUCCGCGUCGGCGUUCGACCUCACGACUCGCGCAAGCUCACAGAUUUCCGUUUCCCGUCAGAGUCACCGGCCCGGGGACUUUUUCUACGAGGAAGCCGACGGGGCGGCGAGCUCGGACCGCGGUCGCAGGGGAAGUCUGGACUUUGCAGAUGCUUCCGCGACGGUGCGGCUGUUGAAGCCGGCAGCGGCGGCGACUCUGGAGGCGUACAGACAGCGCCACGCUGCGUGCGGGUGGACGCAGCCCCUACGAGAGAAGAGCCAUUUCCACUCUGUGGCUCGCGUCCGGGCGCUCUACGGAGAAGAGUGGCGUUCGCUCAUGGUUCCCUCAGCGGCGAUUCUGCCCUACGUCGACGUCGAGGUCACUGGCCCCGAUACGCUGAAGCUGGCGGAGUGCUUUCAGUUCCAGGAAGCUCUCGCCGUCGACCGGCCGACCCUCCCGGUGGUGAACGUUCCCCAGAUUGAGAGGGGAGAGGCCGUCCUCGAGCAGGGCCAUCCUCACAUGGUGUUGAGUCCGGACGCCGCCGAGCUGCUCUCGCAGUGGGGCGUUGCGCUUCCCGAGGUCGACGAGAAGGGCCAGGUCAUCAACCGGGAGGCGAAGCUCGAGAAGCACGGGCGUCUUUUCCUGCCACUGGUCGACCCGAGCACGAACCAGCCGUUCCUGGGAUUUUACGGAGAGCCUGUGAUGGUGCCGAAUCCGGCGGUCUACCACAGCGUGAUUGCGCCUGCCAUUCUCGCCUAUGCGCGCCGGCAAGCGGCUCUGGUGGACCGAGCGAAGAACGCCGUCGGGCCUGCGCAGAAGCAACGCUCCGCGAUGGUCCAGGGCGCGAAGCAAGUGGCGCGCGGCGUCGUCAUGGCGAAACUCGGGGCGAAGGGCAAGGCGGGUGCGAAGACACCUGCGCAGGACGCACCCAAAGGCCUGGAAACGAAGGACGCCCCCGCCACUGCGGCUCCCGCAGCAAAAGAAGGUGGCGCACCCGAGACAGCAGAAAACGCUCCUCCGAAAGUGGAGGCGGCUGCUGCCGCUCCUGACAAAGAAGAGUCAGUUGAGAAGAAGGAAGAAGCUUCGCCGAGUCUGCCGCGGAAGGUGUCGGAACUUCCUGCGAAGAAGAGUCUCUUGAGGUCGAAGGCGAGCCAAGAGAUUCCGAAGGCGCCUCCGCUGAAGGACGACUCUUCGGCACCCGAAUCAGGGAGUGACAGCGGCGCGAGUGACCGGAAGCGCUCCCCGUCUCUUUCCACGAAGAAGUCUUUCGCGAAGAAGACGUCUGCGGCCCUGCCGACCCCCGCACCUGAAGGUGCGACUGCGGACGGGAAGCCCAAAUCGCUUCUCGGAAGCGGCGCCAAGAAAUUCGACCCUUCCGCCUACAAAGCAAAAGUGAAGGCGGGACCUGCACCUGGGAAGGCCUUGUCGUUUCGUGCCACUCCGAAGCAUGCAGCCGCGUUGCCGCCUUCAAAUCACCUUCGCGAGCCCGCGACCCUGUCCGAUCCGGACGCGAUUCUCGAAAGAAAACAGAAGUCCCGGACGAAAGCGCAGACGACCGCGGCCGACUCACACGAGCUCGGGCGCAACGACAUGUUAGAACGAGAAGAAGAGGGAGACGGAGGAGGAGAAGAGGGACUGGCCAAGAGGAAGAAAGUGGUUUUCCAGAAGAAUGUGGAAAAAGGCAGGAAGGUCUCUGAGCUUCAACAUGAGGCUUCGAGGUCAGCGGACGGGCGCGUAGGGAAGAACCAGCAGGGACCGGCCGCAGGGAGACACGGUUUGAAAGCGAAAAAAUUGAACGCUGAGACAGAACGAAAUUCUGAGUCAGAAGAGAAGAGUUCUUGCGGUUUCGCAGCACCGCAGUCAAGCUGUACACGAAAACGCGAGGGUUCCCCAGAAACGCGUUGCAUCAACGUCGAGUCCGUUCCCCAACCCCAGGAGGGUCCAGACGGGUCGCGCGACACAACACUGGCGUCUCUUUCCCCUCCAGACUCUUCAAGUUCUUUGAGAUGUAAAAAAGCGUCUUCGAAGCUCGAGCUCUCUGUCGAAUGCUCUGCUUCCCGCGACGAACCGUCCGAGGCGGAAGACCGCCGAGAAGAGAACAGACGAGAGGAGAGAAGAGAGAAGACGAGACGCGAUUUCAAGGCGCUUCUGCUGAAGAAGCAACGGGAGCACAUGAGCGAGACUUUGAUGCGACUGCAGAAAGAGACCGACAGGGAGGCUUCGGAGUCUGCGAGUGAAUGCAAAAUUUUUUUGAAAAUGCAGCGCUCCCUCGAACGCAAAGACGAAGUGGGUCUCUUUUUUCCCCGCGCCUCUGGCAACCAGACAACUCCUCCCGCCUUCCAACGAGCGUCCUGGCAGGCUGCAGCGCUCGCAGGUCAUCUCCGUUCAGGAGACAGUCUCUGGACGAGAGGCGAGGAGACAGCUGAAGCAGACAUUAUGGGACGCGGGGAUGAGAGUGCUCUCUUGACAAGACGAGUUGAAGAAGAGAGGAAACGCGUUAGGGAGAGACUGUUGGGAUGCGACACUCGCGCUUCUCACAGGGAGACGAGUCUAGGGGCCGACAGCGGACUCUUUGCCCUAGAUCGAGAAGCACAAAGACCGGCGGAAAACAGGGAGUUUCCAGAACCCCACUGCGUUUCUUCGUCACCUCGAAAAGCGAUUGAUCAGGUGCCGGACUUGAACUGUAGAGCCGCCUUGGAUCCCGAGAGAAAAAGCUUUUCGCCGGACUCUGACCGAGAAACGUCUAUUGCGCUCUGCCGCCGUCGAGUGUCUCCCUCGGGCCCUGUCUCCUCUCCAGACUCGCGAUGGCGAGGGGACCGGAGGCGAAACGCUUCAUCGCGGCCGACUCUUGAUUGGUGUCUUUCUCAGCAAGGAAACGCGACAGAGUCUUCGUCUCCACACAGAGACACAACCUCCAGAGCGCCAGAUUCCCCCCAUGUCAAAGCCGCUUCCAAAGAGUCAAACUUCCUCUCCAUGCCCUUCUUGGCUGCGGCCGCGCCCCCGCCCCCGGGGCUCUUUUCGCCCUGGGCGUCUCCGGUGAACUCGGACGGAAAUGGGGACACUGAGGGGACACUGUGGGACGAGGGGAUCGAGGCAGGUGGGUCCAGUUUGACGAGAAGGACGCGCUCUUCGGAACGCUCCCUGGAAAAGAGAUCUGUUCGACAGAAAGCUCCUUCACAGGUUUCGGAGGCGCGCGGAACAUUGAUGUCUUCGUUGAACGCCGGACUGGAGGCGAAGAAGACGCGGGCCGACGAACGCAGAGACAUCGGGACCGUGUUCUGCCUUUCGGACUCGCGAGACACAGAAGUGAAACCCGGAGAAGAGACACUGUUCCAGAGUGCCGCUGGCGAGUCGUGGGGUGUCGACCGGAGAUACGUCGAGGCUGAGAGAGAGGCUGAGCAGAGGCGGAGACGAAGGACAGGAGGCUGGGGGAGACACGAGGGAACUGCGAAUCCGGGAGGUAGAGGAAGGACUGGAUCUCGAGGAGAAGCGAGCACCUGGAGGAGGGAGAGCACGAGCUCGGCGACCGAGGCUGAGAUAAGGAGAGAACGCGUUGAGCAGUCGCGUCCCGACAGUGGAAGAAGGCGUGACACGAGAGAAAGAAAACGAUCUGUUGCGCAGGGCGCUGUGAAUCGGGUUUCGAGAGCGACGGGGCGAACUGAAGGAGUCGCCGUCCUCGGUCAGGAGAGGCGGAGAUGCGUGGACGCACGCCGAAGAAACGAAGCGGAAGACAGAGAAGGCGAGGAUCUUGGAGAAGCGGAGCUCUCUGUUUCCUGCUUUGAUUCUGACGGAGACCAGGAGAAGGACUUUCGACGUGAAACGUCGAGCGAAGAAGACAACGAAGAAGACGGUGAGGAAGCAGAGUUGUUUUCAACAAACGAGGUAGAGACCGACACGCUGCGCUCUGGGAGAAGGAAACAACAUUCGGUCUCCUCUCGAAGUGCUUCUCCUUCGCCAUGGCGCGUUGGGGCAGACAGAACUCGGAUGAAAACGAACUCGCAAGCGUCCGCUGCGCUUUCGGGGAUGCGUACAUCUCGUUUUCUUCAACCUCCCGCCUUCGAUUCUUCUGCGUCGCGGAGCUCUUCUGCGUCGCCUUCUCGACGUCGCCGAUUGGAGACUUUGGAGACUUUGGAUCUGCAGAAACGCACGAGAAAACAGCGAGUGCGAGUAGGAAGCCGAGAGUCCCGAGAAGGAAACGCGCAAAGGAGUCCCGGAAACCGACGGAGAGACAAAAAAGGACAGACUGAAGGGAGGAGAGGAGACUGGGGAAGAGCCUACUUGGAGAGGUUGGUGGUCGGACAGGAAACAGAGACCGAUUCAGAGAUCGCUACUCUGGAUGAGGAAUUGGAUAGAACGGAGUUACCUCGAGUCGUCUCUCCUCAGACCUUCCACGAAGCCCCAAAUCCGUUUUCUGACCAAGACACAGAGACAGAUUGCUUGUUCUCCACUCCUCGACUUCCUGUUUCAAAUGCGGAUCCGCAAGCCUCAAAAACGCACUCUGAGGCCGAUGAAUAUGUUGUUUCGUUUGCUUCUCAAUCGUCUGCCGCUCGUUCUUCCUCCUGUUAUCCUUCUCGUUCUCCCUCUUGUUCUGCUUUGUCUCUCUCUUUUGCAUGCUCGGACUCCACUGUAGGCGCCGAGAGCGCCACGGGGAGAGAGCGCACUGUUCAUUUGCUUCGCCCGACUUCCUCCAGUGUCUCUUCUAUUUCGCCCACCUCUUCCGACUGCGGUAGACUCGACAGCGAACUCGACGCACUUCCAGGACUCGGAAAAUGCACUUUGUUUUUCUCGGCUCCUGAGGCGGUGCAUGCGAGGCCCCUGGCGUCGCCGAGCUUCCGGCAGCGGCUCUUCAGCCGCAGAGACAGUGGGGCAGAGAGGGCCAGCUGCGGAGACGCGUUCGAUAGUUGGAGCCCAACUAGCGCCGGUGCGGGUUCGCGGGUUGUGGAGAGCUGCGGCAGCAACGUGUCGAGCCCGUCCAGGGGGAGGCUGCGGAGUCGCGUGAGCCUUGGCGGAUUGAAGGCCGCUUUUUCGAGGCAUUCAGAAAAUUCCUCGAACGAAAGACUCUGCUCUCCAAUGCACCAAGAAACCUCGAGGAAGGGUCCUCUCGCCGUGGCGAGGCGUCUCUCUGGGGUGGCCUCGCGGCUGGUGCAUUCGAGGUCGAGCCUUCAAGAACUCGGGGAAGCCGAAGACGAUUCGAGAAAGAGAUCCAGCGAGGGAGAUUCUCAGGAGAUUCCCAGGGAUUCCGUUGGCGUGACCGCACUCACUGGAGACAGCGAGACUCCGAACGGCUGGGCAGGUGUGGGGGGGCUGGAAGUAUCGGCGGGGGAAGACAGCAGAGAGCUCAGAGAAUGCGAAGAAAAGGAACGAGAGAGAACGCCGCUCGGAGGGUCGCUCCGGAGAUUCAGCUUCUCCAGCGACCUGAGAAAAGAUCCGAGACGCCCACGACGGACGCUGUCAGAUGCAACGGCGACGUGCGAAGGGGAUGGGAAGAUGCGCCGCCUUGUCGCGCUUCUUCGCCGGAAAAAUAGACGCGUAAAAAAAGAAGGAGAACAAGAAAGCGAGAGAGAACGGAGAGACGAAGGAGAACAAGAAAGCGAGAGGGAACGGAGGGACGAAGGAGAACACGAAGGAGAACAAGAAAGCGAGAGAGAACGAAGAGACGAAAGAGAACAAGGAGGAGAACAAGAAAGCGAGAAUGAACAGGAAGCGGAACAUGAAAGCGAGAGAGAACGAAGAGACGAAAGAGAACAAGGAGGAGAACAAGAAAGCGAGAGAGAACGAAGAGACGAAAGAGAACAAGGAGGAGAACAAGAAAGCGAGAGAGAACGAAGAGACGAAAGAGAACAAGGAGGAGAACAAGAAAGCGAGAAUGAACAGGAAGCGGAACAAGAGAACGAGAGAGAACAAGCGGUAGGAGAACAAGGGCAGGAGAGAGAAGGAGAGGGAGAGCAAAGAAGCGAAUGCGAACAAGGAGGAAGCGUGAUAAAUGUUUGGAGACAGGCAGAGAAGGAAGAAUCCUCAGGAAAGCAACUGAGUAAAGGUGAAGAGUCGAGAGAAGGAGAGAAGGGAGGCGUGAGAGCAGCCGACAACCAGGCGUCGGGUGCGACGCAGGGCGAAGAACAAGAGCAGAGUGGCUCGUCUCGUUUCUCGCAGCUCCUCGAAAAGUGGGCGAGAAUGUCCGGCGGCGCGACACCGAAACAACGGAUCGAGAUGAUUUCAGACAAAUCCGAACCCGGUGGAAGAUGGCGGAAGGACAUGGGGAUUCUGAAAGACAGUGAAGAGGAGAGUUUGAUAGGAAAGGAAGGGAUUUCACAGCGGCUGACGGAUGCUGACACUGGAACUGAGAAGACGAGAGAAGCCCAGCGAGAGGAUGCCUGGGUCGUGACAGAAAGUGCCAGAGACAGACGGCGAGCUUUGGGUACGACAGUGUCUCUGGAGGAGGUCUCCUUGUGUGCUGUGGGGAGCUCAGAGAGUCAUCUUGAAAAGCUCGGGAGCGGAGGUGACGAGAACGACUGCGGCAGAGACGCGAGUGAGGAGACCAAGCAAGGGCAUUGUUGCGAAGACAGAAGAAGUCUCAAAAGAGAAAAAGAGGUGUCGGAUUGGGGUGUACAGACAUCCCAUGAGAGAGAGAAGCAGGUGUCUGCACGUGGUGUAGAGACACCAGAGACAAAAGAGGAAUUGCCCGCUUCUCCUCUCUCUGGCGACUCUUCGUCUUCGCCUUUGGCCGGCAGUGCAUCCAACGUCUUCCCCGCGCGCAAGCGCUUGUUUUCUUCCCGUCGAAUGCUGCGACUUCCGAUUCCCUCGAGGAAACUCAGGAAAGCAGACAAGCCUGGAAGUCCCUCAGACGCGCAGAACUCUGCGGUGUCUCCCUCGCCCUCGUUUCAGCUCUCUCGGUCAGCGGAGGCCGCGACAGGCGGACCCCAAAACGUUGACGAAAGAGAAGUGGCGGUGCUCUCGGGGGCGUUGGAGGUGCAGACCGAAGGUUGGGGUGUACAGACAGCUCCGGAGACGCCUGGGAAUUCGACACACUGGGCGAGUCCAAGUUUUCAUUCUCUUUUUUCUCGUCGGUUUUCGCUCCGUGAUCGACUGAGGCGAAGAAGCUCCGCCAGCAGCAUGACCGUGUUGGACAUGGAGGAGAACAAGAGUCUGGACGCACUUUCAGUAGAUAUGCCUGCAACGGAGCCCCAGCGACCACUGGCGAGCGUUUCCGACUCGCUGGUUUUUUCGGAAGGCUUGUCUUUCUCUUCCUGUGUAGACCCGGUUUCGGACUUCGGUGACGACAACGAGAAGGAUGGAGUUACGCAGGAAACCCGUUCCUCUUGUUCUGAAGUGCCAUGUGCAGGCGCGAGAGCAGGUGGGCGAGAGUCCCCGACAAGCAGGAGACAUUCCUUCGUGUUUCGGACGACCCAGCAAAAAUACCGGACAGAAGGCAGUGCAGAUAACAGAGGAAGGAGAAGUUUGAAGGUCCUGCGGCGUUCGAGUUUCUCGCGGGCGUUCCGGGGCUUGGUCAAAAGUCCUGAGAGACAAAUCCUGCGUGACAGAGAUCGCGAAGAGGGGAAGGCGCAGGACACCGCGAGGAGAUCUGAGAGCGAGAGGGAGGGUGAAAAGGACGAUGAAGAAAAGCAGACAGGGAAGAGGGAGGGCAGGAAGUUGCGCCACCUUUCCGCUUCGUUUCUGAGAAUUCCAAGGCCAGGGAAACAUGAAACCAACAAGGAAUCUGUUUGCAAACGCCGCGGGGCUUCCCUUCCCCCUUUACCGCCUGAGGCCUCGAGCCCCCACGGCGCCUCACGGCUGCGGGCUGCGGCGGCGAGUUUCUCGCGUCUGAGGCGACGCAGUCAAUCAAGCGUUAACCGGGGGAAAAAAGAGGCGAUAGAGAUAGAAAAAAUGGAAGAGGAAACGAAGGCACAGAAUGAAAUAAAACACGAGAGAAAGAGUGAACUGAAACAGGAAGAAGUGGAUGAAAUGAAACAGGAAAACGUGGAUGAAAUAAAACAAGAGAGAAAGGGUGAAGUCAAACAGGAAGAAGUGGAUGAAAUGAAACAGGAAAACGUGGAUGAAAUAAAACAAGAGAGAAAGAGUGAACUGAAACAGGAAGAAGUGGAUGAAAUGAAACAGGAAAACGUGGAUGAAAUAAAACAAGAGAGAAAGAGUGAACUGAAACAGGAAGAAGUGGAUGAAAUGAAACAGGAAAACGUGGAUGAAAUAAAACAAGAGACGCCGGAGACAGUGCCUCUCUGGGAACCGAGCAUCACUUCCCAUCUCAGUGACUCUUGCGGCGAAGAUGUCGCCAUUUUUGCCGUUGAGGCAUGCGUGAGAGCCGCAAGAACCUGGCAGAAAGAGGAUGAAACUCUGGGCGCUUCCGUCGCAGCGGGGAGAGGAGAAGACGAAGAUGAAUGCGUGGAUCGAGGAGACGCGCUCACAGGGCAGGACGACAACGCAGAGGAGACAAGCCAACGAUGUAGCUGUUCCGAGGACAGUCCGGAGGGAGUCGCUGAACGAGAGUGGAUGGGCGGAAGCAGUGACGGCGCAGAAAUCCACUUGUUGCCUGAAGCAGACACCUCAGAUGAAGAGGAUGAAGGAGAAGAGGAGGAAGAAAGAGAAGAAGAGAAAGAGGAAGAAGGAGAAGGGGAAGAAGGAGAAGAGGAAGAGGAAGAAGGAGAAGAGGAAGAAGAGGAAGAGGAAGAAGAGGAAGAAGGAGAAGAAGAGGACAUCCACGAGCUGGGUGAGAAAGAAUAUAGUUCAGCCGAAGAAGAAACGCGUAUUGGAGAAGCAGAAUUGAGGCAUGGAGUCGCAAUUCUUAAUCCAUUUGCGUCUUGCGGGGCGGAGGCGUAUGGUGAGGAAAGGCCUAAGACAGGGACGACGGGGAGUGAAGCCGAUGACGACAGCUGGGCCGCAAGUGACUGGAGUGUCGGCGCGAGCAGCAGCGACGAAGAGUCCGAGAGAUCUUGGCAAGAGGGACCUUCUUCUGAAGAAGACUGUGACGAAACAGAAGCUGAGAAGAACGCAGACAGUGAGGUGGAGGAGCUUUAUGCAGAAAAGCUUUGCAGAAAGAAAGUGCAUGCAGAGAACGAUGUCGAAGAGUGCAAGACAGAGGUUAGUAAGGCAGAGGAGGGUUUCCAGAAUUCAAUGGCAUGUCUGGCAGAGGUGCUUCGGCUUACAGGAGUGCCGUAUAGUGAAAGCGAUUUGUCUGUCGAGAUUGCAGAGUUGAAUCGACAAUCGACGCUGCUGAUGGUGACUCCGGAUACACAGCGGCUUUCCCGUGAGCUUCCGAAGUCUAUUGCGUCGCCGCGAACGUCGGCAGUGCCGCUGGACAAACAGUGCGAUGGAAAAACGAACCUCACACACCUUCCCAAGAGCGCACCCUUCCGGAAAGCGAUGGAACUCACUCGUGUCGCCUAUCGGUCAGGCAAAACGCCGGCUGCUUGUUCAGUCCUCCGGUCUUCGUCUUCUUCAAAUCUCGCUUCUUCGGUCUCUUCAAGCCGUUCUUCUUCCAAACUCGUAUCUUCUUCUAGACUGUAUGCCACCCCACGAGAGCCUCGCUCUGAGCCGCGUGAGGCUUCUGGUGGGUUCUCGGUGUCGCCGAUUGCGUGCGACUCUUCUCCGUUUGCUCCACCUGCGGCUCCGCUUGGCGCGUCGGAGGGUGGACGCGAAAGUCUUUCGUGCAGCGACUCUUCAUCCGUCUUGGUUGGAGAUCGUCCCCCGCGUUUCUCGACCCAGCAGCUCCACGCGCUCCCGCCGAAGGGACCGAAGGGCGGGCCGCCAAAGAAAGGCAAGGCGACGGGCUGGAAGCCUCCUCCGCCUCUGCCGCCAGCUGCAGAGGACGGGACAGACGUGAAGGAAGGACCGACAGUUUUGAAGCAAGGCAUUUUCAAGAAAGCCGAGCAGGCGGUGAAGAAGGAGAUCCCGAAGAAGGAAGAGGGGUCUCCGAAGGAGGCGGCGAAGGUCGUGGAAAAGAAGGUGCUAGAGAAGAAGGCGAGUGUGUCCGCAGCCAAGGGCGAGACGGAGACGAAAGUCGCUGUAAAGAGCGUAGCGAAACCGCCGCCUCUGAAGGCUGCGAAGAGCGGCGAGGCAAAGACAGCAGAACCUGUGAAGGAAGAAGCAAAAGUGGAGAAGGCCCCGAAGGUCAAGGGCGACGGCUUUAGCCGCAUGAAGCUCCCCUCGGGGAAGCCUGAAGAGGCGCCGAAAAAGACUCCCAAGAUGAAGAUCAUGGUCGGAACGACGGGUCAGGCGAAGGUCGUCGAGAAGAAAGACUCGAUGGACGAACUGGAUGCUUUCACGGGGCCUUGCUACAUCCCCCCGCACAUGGACGUCCCCCCGGUCGCUCCCGAGGUACUCGCAAAGAUCACCAAGUUGAAGCCUGGGGUAGAGAAGGACCCGCAGCUGGGGGAGCUUCCGGUGGUCAUUCUGAUGGACGACAACAACACAGAGCUGGCGAGGCUUCCGUGGCAGGUGGACAUCUCCUCGUUCUCGCUCGCACAAAGUUCGAUGUCCAUCUUGGUGGCUCGGAGACUAGGUCUCUUGGCGCGACGCCUCGACGAAGACAAGAAGGACGAGGACACCCGCGACUGGCUGACGGGCGAGGGCCUGAAGAAGUUCGGCCUGUCGAUGCAGAAGGAGAAGCCCACCUUUGGAGACACUAGUCUCCUCCUGGGCAUGGGUCUCUCGGCGCUGCCUCAGGCCCUCGCACAGAAGAAGCCGGAGGCACCCAAGAAGGAGGAGGCGAAGCCAAAGCCAGAGGCGAAGAAGGAGGCGCCAAAGAAGGGCCCUCCCGGCGGAAAGGGCGGGAAAGGCCCUCCUGGCAAAGGGCCUCCAAAGGGCAAGGGCAAGGGCCCGAAGAAGAAGGGCGAAGGCGGUUUGAAGGUCGGCAAGAAGGACGAGGGGAAGACCAAGCGGUUCUUCUGGGACCCGAUCUUCGAGGACGAAAUCCCCGGGACUAUCUUCAUGAAGAAGCCGAACAUGGUUCUAAAGCUGCAAGACGUAGAAGAGACCUUCGCGAAAGUCGUCGCCAAGAAAAAGACCGAGUCAAAGAAACCCAAGAUCAUCCAACUACUCCCAGACUCCAAACGCGCAUACAACAUGAGCAUCGCCUUGUCCAAGUUCAACAACUACUCGUACCAACAGCUCCGGGAGGCCAUCAUCGACCUUGACCCUAAGAUCCUAACAAUCGAAGCGACGGAGACUCUCCUGAACUUCGUGCCCACAGGUGAAGAAAACCAGGUCGUCAAAGAGUACAUUAACUCUGGUGGAGACUUGAAACUCGUCGACAAACCGGAGCAAUUCGUCGCAGCAAUGCUCGGAGUCCCUCUGAUGAAACAGCGCCUUGAGGCCCACGCUUUCGCCUUGAACUUCCGCGAGGCGUACAGCGACGCGUACACUCCACUGGAAAACAUGGCAGAUGCAUGCGACGCCAUCGACGAUUCCCAGAACCUCAAAAUUGUUCUUUUCGCCAUCCUCGAGUUGGGUAACGCACUCAAUGAGGGCGAUCCGCAGCGAGGAGGUGCAGCUGGUUUCAAACCGACAACGCUUGCCAAGCUGCAAGAAAUUCGGACAACAACGAAACCCGUCAGAACAAUGCUGCAGUACAUUUGCGAUAUCAUUUGGGAGCAACAGCCGACGGCGCUGAACAUCUAUGAAGAUUUGAAGAUCUGCGACAAGGCGCAACGCGUUGACAUGCAGGGCAUUGAGGGCAGAAUUUCCAAUCUUAAGGCGGGUUUGACGAAGGUGAAGAACACCCUGGAGGCAGCAAAGAAGGGCAACGAGUCCACUGGCGUCAUGGGAGAUCGCGAUCCUCUUCGGAACAUUAUGGACGAAUUUCUUAUAGAGGCGGAGCCGAAGAUCAAGCAGCUUGACGACUUCCUUGUUCAGGUUCAGAAUCAAUUUCUGCAGACGUGUCAUUACUCUGGUUACCCUGACAAAGAUGUCAAGAAGAUUAAGCCAGAUGAGCUUUUCAAACAGGUUGCAGGCUUCGCAAGGCAGGUGGAUGCCAUUCGCAAGCAGAAGCAAGAGAUUGCAGAUCGCGAAUUGAAACGCAAGGAGGCCGAGGCAAAGAGAGCAGGCAAAGGACUCAAGUCGACUGCAGUCAAGAAAGUCGGGAUGAAAUGAGUCUGAGACUUUCCGGAAGCGCUCAGUGGUCAGAUGCUGAAGGAGCGACUGUUGGUCGACGGGUCCUUGCAAAAAAGCAUCACGCUCGAUGCAAUCGUAACACGUUACACUUUGUGUAUUCGUUAGUGAUCCGUCUAGGUGGAUGUCCGACAUACACGAGUCUCAAGUAAAUGGAGUCGUUCGGUCUGUGUGAACCAGAGUUGACUUUAGGACUCAAUCAUUUAGGCAAUGCCAAGGCCGUGAGGGUUAGGAUAUUUAUGUUUGAUACGUGGUGCUUAGUCGCAGUCUACGCCUGUAUCAUUCAUGCGUAAAGCUGGUCAUUCGACACGCUUCCUGAGUCGUUUUCGAGCAUUUCGAGAACUUUCGUGUAGGUGGGACAUUCAAUGCACUAGGCCGGAAGCGGCAAAACCGCCGCAGAUCGCGAAGGUCCUUUUAGUGCUAAGAGAUGUGGAAUGACCUUGAGGUUCUGUUGUGCUACCUCGAAGUUUGUUGCAUGGCGUUUGGAACGAGAACAAUAUACAGACUU